AUGGCGGUUGGAAAGAACAAAAGGAUCUCCAAGGGGAAGAAGGGUGGAAAGAAGAAAGCAGCUGAUCCCUUUGCAAAAAAGGAUUGGUAUGAUAUCAAAGCUCCUUCAGUUUUCCAGGUGAAAAACGUUGGCAAAACCCUCGUUUCUCGUACUCAGGGAACUAAGAUUGCUUCAGAUGGACUCAAACAUAGAGUGUUUGAGGUUUCUCUAGCUGAUCUCCAAGGGGAUGAGGAACACGCAUUCAGGAAGAUUAGGCUAAGAGCCGAGGAUGUUCAAGGGAAGAAUCUCUUGACAAAUUUCUGGGGGAUGAAUCUCACCACUGACAAAUUGAGGUCGUUGGUGCGUAAAUGGCAAACGCUAAUUGAAGCCCAUGUUGACGUGAAGACAUCUGACAACUACACUUUGAGGAUGUUUUGCAUUGGGUUUACUAAGAGGAGACCUAACCAGGUUAAGAGGACCUGCUAUGCUCAGUCCAGCCAAGUUAAACGGAUCCGUAGGAAGAUGAGAGAAAUCAUGACCAACCAAGCAUCAUCCUGUGAUUUGAAGGAAUUGGUCAGGAAGUUCAUUCCUGAGAUGAUUGGAAAGGAAAUUGAGAAGGCUACAUGUGCUAUUUACCCAUUGCAGAAUGUGUUCAUUCGAAAAGUGAAGAUCCUUAAAGCUCCCAAGUUUGAUCUUGGAAAAUUGAUGGAGGUUCAUGGAGAUUACUCUGAUGACAUUGGCACAAAGGUAGACAGACCUGCUGAAGAAACAGUUGCAGAUGAACCUACUGAAAUUGUUGGAGCUUGA